CUUUAGCCUCCUGCUCCUCUUCUCUCGUUCUUUCCUUCUUUCCACCCUCUCCUGCCUUUAAUCUUCUUCCAUUCUGGAUGGAUAGCUACUCUGUCCUCUACAGUUCCUCACACAGAACCGGGCUUCUUUCCGGCUUCCAGCGCUUGCGCUCCGAGAAGAAGAUGUGCGAUGUCGUCCUGGAGGCCGGUGGCGAGUCGUUUCCGUGUCAUCGGGCCCUGCUAGCCAGUUCUAGCGACUAUUUUUGGGCCCUUUUUGGAGACAACACCACUGAGAGAUUAGCAGGGUCCGUCAGCCUCCCGGCUAUAACGCCCCAGGGCCUGGACGCCAUUCUGGACUUCCUGUACUCCGGCUGGCUCAGCGUCUCACCGCUGACACUUCCUGAUGUCCUGGAAGCAGCGCGGUACCUGCAGGUGGAGACGGCCGUGUCGAUUUGCGAGCGCUUCAUGACUGAUGGUUUGACCUCUGAGAACUGCUGUUGCUAUGCUAAUCUGGCCGAGCACCACGCGCUCUCGGACACUCUUGACGUGGCAAACCAAACUAUUGCCAGCGAGAUGGGGAUUUUAUUAGACAAACACAGGGACGAUCUCCUCGGUUUGAACAGUCAGUCGUUGAUGGCAGUGUUUGACGCAGAUGAGGUGCCGGGUGUCAAAGAAGUGGACCUCAUUAAGCUUGCUUUGGAUUGGCUGGAUGAGAACGGGCCCCUCCCACUCCUCAAAUCAAACCUUCUGCUGAGUCGUUUGCGCUUCGGGCUGGUCGACCCCUCUGACCUGGCUCGUUUAGGUCAGGCACACCGAGCCAUGGCCACACCUCUGAUCAGGAGUCAGGUGACUCGAGCGCUGGAGUACCACCGGUUGGGUUCAGCACAACCAAUCAGACAGAGCAGGCAGACGACACUCAGGUCAUCACCCAAUCGGGUCCUGGUUGUGGGUGGAGGGGCCAGUGCCGAUUGGCCGGAGCAGCAGGUGCUAACAUUUGAUCCCAGGAGCCGGAAGUUUUCGUGUCUGAGCUCUAUUCUCCCGCUCAGACUCAAAAGUCCCUGCGUCUGCUCCGUGGGAGGUUUCCUCUUCGUGAUCGGUGGUGAGGAAGUCAAAGAGGGAGAUGAGGAUGGGAAGAAGUCAGUUGCAGUCACAACAUCUAACCAGGUUUGGAGGUACGAUCCUCGCUUUGACAGCUGGGAGAAAGUGGAGUCCAUGCAGGAGAGACGGGCGCAGUUCACUUGCUGCGUGGUGGAUGACGUCAUUUACGCCAUUGGGGGACAACACACACAACCGGACACCAAUACACACACCUCUUUGGCUUCAGUUGAGUUUUAUGACAUGGCCUUCGGUGCAUGGAGGAGAGGGGCGACAAUGCCUCGCCCUCUUCACGGACAUGCUGCCGCCACGCUUGACAACAACAUCUACGUGUCCGGUGGUCUCCCAGGGAGCCAGGGCAUCAUUCAGGCCAAUGACCCUCAGGAGAGCAGGGGGAGCAGCAAAGACUUCCUGUUCUGGGACUGCAAAGGCAAACUCUGGGAAAAGAGGGCGUCCAUGUCUAUUGCCAGGUUCAGCCACCGCUUAGCAGCGGCCCACGGGUUUCUCUACGCUCUUCUGGGAAUGUACGAGCCUUUCUGCGACAUCGAGCAAUACGAUCCACAGUCAGACCACUGGACGCGACUCCGACCGCUUCUCACAGGCUCCUUCAACUACGGGAUGGUGUCCAUGGCCUCCGGAAACCUGCUGGUGUUUGGAGGGAGGCGGUGGAGUGACGGUCAGGAGGUGAUUGUGAGAAGCACGCUGGAGUACGACACUAAAAAAGAUCGCUGGAGGGAGAUCUGCCAGCUGCCCCGACCUCUCACGGGGAUAGAGUGCACACUGCUGCCUCUGCCAGACUGAAGAGCACCAAAUGUGAAGAGAACAG